UUUUCUGAGUUCACCACAAAAAAAUCACCACCUUCGACCUCUCACCUGUGAGGUUGGCCCAUCUUCCACCCGCCAAGCCUCGGGGACCCAAAUGGGGUCAUCAACUGCUGGCUCAGCUCCACAAAUCCCGAACCGCAUGGCUCGUCAGUCUCCAUGGCCCGAAAAGAAAUCGACCCGCUUUUUCCCGACACUGACGAGUUCCUCUUGGGACUACCACCACUCACAAGACUCCCUUCAAGAGGACUUUGAUUACAAAGAGAGGGUGUCGUCACUCACUCCUCGUCUAGCCUCGAUAUCCCUCUCCAAACUCCUCAAGGACAGAGAAUCUGCAAUGGGAAGGUACACGAGCAUGCAGAUUCCCACACUAGCACAACACAGGAGUGAAAGAAAAGCCAAGAACGCUACCACGUCAAAUACGAGCCUAUCUGGAUCAGGCAGCACGACCAAGCAAAACGACCCUCAGAGGGAAAAAACUCGAAAUAGAGAAUAUCAAUGUGUACACUCUCUUCUGCAAGCUUUUGUUGAUGACCAGAUGAAGGAUCCGCCUACCGAGCCAGAAGAGGUAGACGGUCAGAACAGUCGCAAACAGGCCAAGAAACAUGGUGCUAAGCAAAGGGUAAGUGCAGAAGGCGACAUCAGUAUCAGAAGAUGCUUGGAUGAAAUAAGAUGGCAGUCUGGGGUUGUGGACCUGCCUAUACUCUGGCCCAAUAAGAAUCACAGC